CCUGGAGGGAGAUGACUGGAUAUUCAAUACUGUCAGAAUGAGAAAGGAAGACAGAUGAGACCUAUGUGUAUGUAUGAGGGACAGAGAGAGACUAAGAUCCUGUAUACAAGAAGAGAAAGGGAGGGAAAGACUAGACCCUGUAUGCUGGGAAGAAAAACAUGAAGAAAAACUCCACUAGGAGUGGGAGAGAGCUAGAUUGCCUAGACCCUGUAUGCUGGGAGUGCAUGAGUGAGAUAGAGACCAGGCCAGACUGUUUGUACAGAGUGUGAGGGAGACAACAGGAUCGUAUACAGAGACAGACAGACAGACACUGUUAACUGCUACUGGGAAAGAGAAAGGACCUUGUUUACUUGACUUCAGAUGGUGAGUAGAGGAGAAGGAAAUGAUAGGCCUUGUGUUCUGGAGCUGACAGUUGGAAAGGUGGGGGGGGAGAGUUAGAAACCCUCUGCUCUGAAUUGUCAGAAAACAUAAAUGAAGCUUUUCUCUUAACCCUUCUUAAAGGUGGAAAGAAACAAAAAUCCAUUUUUUUUUUUGGUUGUGGACAGGCAGAAACAACAGGCUUACCAAAAUCUUCAGCUGCUGGAUACAAAUACUGCUAUUUGUAAAUGAAAUUACCCAGUGCAUAUUGUAGGAUUUACCACCUUGGGUUGACUUUGGUCAAUCCUAGCUUUGGUGAAACAACACCAUUUUUGUGACUAGUCAGAGCCAACAAGAAAUCCCUGGACCUCUGUAGAGUGUUGAAACUUCAGAACUCCAUUUCAAACAUCCUGAAGGGCUGAUUGCAACGAUGGAGGAGAGCAAAGAUAUUUCUGUGGUGCUCAGUCCUGACUUCUGUCCAAGUUUCCGACUGGGUUCCAGGAAGUUGUUGUCUGUGAUCCAGGAAACCUCUAUGUCUUUCUCCCCUGCACCUACAACUUCCCCUGACUGCGUAGUCAACAUGAGCAAUCUUAGUUCCUGCGAUGGUGAGACUCCAAAACGUUGCCUGAGCAUGUCAAAUCUGAGUAAUGGCAGUGAGACAUCAACAUCCCCAGAAUACAUAGGCAGAGGUUUAUGCCUCGACUCGCCUGGCCUAACUGAUGUACAACCAGAAUUCAAGCAGCCUGCAGGAAGAACACAGCCGCUUUUGCCCAAGGUCCUGUGCAGCAGCCCGAUGUUCAGUGAGUCUGGCUGUCGGAGCCCGGUUCAGGACCGUGUGGAUUUCCAAAGCCUCGGGUGCAACAAGGAAAAUGUGGACUUUGAGAUGGCGGGAACCAGCAGCCCUAUGUCGACGGAAUCCCUCAGGCUGGAUGACCACGCGAACGUCGAUGGCGUGUGCGAGGGGCUUUCGGAGCUGUUGCAGUGUGACACUGAGGGAAAUAAGAACAUGACUAUGUCGUCCAGCCUGGCUGCCCUUCUCACCAGCGAUAUCCUGUACCGGACAAUGGGCACGAACGCAGUGCCAGCCUGUAAGCAUAGGCCAGGCUUGUUUCGGUCGCCAUCCAUGCCAGAGAGGCUCCACAGGCCUUUCCUGAAAAGACUGGAGCGAGCUCAGGAAAUGGACUCUCCAGUGAAGACUAAGCGGCAGAAGAGUUUGGACAGCCCCCUGGAGGAUGAAGAUGAGGAUCAGGAGAGGAGGGGAAACCGACCCUUGAGACAGUCCAUGACCACCUGCAAUGUUGAUGUGACCAAGGUUCUUGAGGAGAGGAAUGCUACAGAGCUGAUUGGAAACUUUUCCAAAAUAUAUGCAUUGCCCACAGUAAUGGGUAAGCAUGGCGAUUUGAAAUACAUCUCUCCAGAAACGAUGGCGAAGGUUCUACAUGGAGAGUACAAUCACCUUUUGGAAGAUUUCCACAUCGUUGACUGCCGCUACCCUUAUGAGUUUAAAGGAGGUCAUAUCCGGGGUGCCCUGAACCUUCACAAAGCUGAUGACUGCAUCGACUAUUUCUUCCGGAAGCCUGUGGUCCCCAAAUCUGACAGCAAGAGGUUGAUCGUCAUUUUCCACUGUGAAUUUUCAUCGGAGCGCGGACCGAAGAUGUGCCGCUUGCUGCGGGAAGAGGACAGAAAUCUGAACGAAUACCCAAACCUGUACUAUCCAGAGCUCUACAUACUGAAAGGAGGAUAUAAGGCUUUCUUUCCUCAGUUCAUGAAUUAUUGUGACCCUCCAACGUACUGUCCCAUGGACCAUGAAGACUUCCAGGAGGAGAUGCUGAAGUUGCGGAAAAAGAGCAAGUCCUGGGCGGGAGAGCGUCGGAGGCGGGAGCUCAUCUCCAGAUUGAGGAAGAUGUGAUUGGCUGAGAAGAACACCCGAUGGGACCCCCUCUUGCCUUUUCGAUUUGCACUGUCCUUUCUACAGUUGCCCUCAGCCUGGCACCAAACCGCUGCUGAUCUUCCAAUUCUCGAGUGACUCAACACGGCUGAGAAAGGUCUCUAUGGCCAUCUGAAUCCCUCAACAUCAGAAAGCAGGAGGAUUAUCACCAUGAGUAGAAUUGGAACAAAAUGGAUUUGGAAAAUCAAGAGUUUUUUUGUUGUUUUAAAGCUGCUAUUUGUUUCAAAGAAAUGUAUUUUAGGGAUAACCUUCAUAGUAGAAGCUCCUAUUUCUUGACCUUUUUUGGUGGUGUUCUUUCUCCCCUACCCCCUUGGUCAGCACAGAUUGGUAGCCUUCACCAAUGCAUUGCCCUGCUGUACAUUCCCAAUUUUACAAUCCAGUUAGGAUCUCCACCUCUUUCCCCUUCCGCUCCGCAGGCAGGAUUACAACGCUGGGAUCUGCCAGUUGCAGUAGACUUGCCAUGAGCAGAUGCUGCCCAACCAUAUUUGUUGUAUUCUGUCCCUUCACAAGAACAAUUCCAUGUGGUGCCUGCCCCUGGAUCCCCUCAGAACACCCUUGGUAGAUGAGUGUCAUGCAAAGAGCAGUGACUGAGAUGGGCUGCUAUCUCAGUCCUGCUUUUCAGUGUAUCGCACCAUCAACAAAGUGGUAGCUUUCUGUACCUGACCACUAUCCAAGUGAGAAGAUCUGAAUAAGACGACGCUCAGCUGCCAUCUGAACACUAAGCAGGAAGAUUUAAAAACAAAGUUGGAAAUUCUCAGCGGAUCUGACAAAACCCUCUUUUUUGAGCCUUGUGACUUUUGUCAGUUUCAUAAGAACUGCCUCGCGAGGUUAAUUUUGUUUCUCCCCCUCUCUGAAGAAGCUGUCAGACCUGCUGAGUUUCUCCAGCUUUCUCCGUUUGCUUCAGAUUUCCAGCAGCUGAGAUUUUUGCUUUCCGCUAUGGAGAAAGGUCCGAGCGGGCUGCCGUGAGAAGGUGAUGUGGCCGGGCUUGAGCUGUGAUGGUUUGACAGUGAAGGACCCCAUCAAAAGGGCAACACUCCCCUGCUGGCUUGGUCAAUAACAAUGAAUGCAAUACAGCCCUUUGCUUCCCAGCAGUGAUGUACUUGCCCUGCCUGCAUGUACCAGCAUGUAUUCCCAGUCCAAUAUCCAAAAGACUAUAUCAGUAUCAGUGUAAGGCUCUUACAACAGCACACUGGCUUCCAUGGCUUUGAUAUGAAUGAAAUUGCUAGAAUCUUGACUUUCUUGCCAUAAGAGCUCUGUUUUCUGCCUCCAGGUACAGAAAGCUAAAAAGAAUUGUGGUCCUAAUUACCAAAAAUGGCUAACAAGGCUAACUUUUUAAAAAAAAAUUUAAAAUCCUUUUUGUUUUCUAGCCGCCUCAUCAUCCUCCUGAAGUUGCAUCUCUUGCUACGCUAGCAUUAGCCCCCUGUACAAGUACCCAUUCUCGCUCAGGACUGGGGAUCGUGUGGAACGGUUCUGCUCCAUUGUCAAAGUUGCUUUUUUUUUCCUCAGGGUGGUGGGGGUUGGAAUUUGUUCCUGUCUUCUGUUGGCCAAUGAAUUCUUGCAAAACUCACCUGGAUAGCGAACGCUCAUUUUCACAGUUUCCUGAUGCUCCUGCACUAUCCCAAAGCUUAAGUGUCAGAAUAAUGCUGGAGAUCCAACUGCCACCUUGCGAAAUCGCAAGAACUGGGUACAUUCAGAACCCUCUUUGCCUUUUAAAUCACUUAGGAGCCUUUGGAAGGGUCAGAUUUUACUGUUGUAUUUAAACCCAUGUAAACUAGGCUAGUGACUAGCAGCUUGAUUCUAGUUUUUAACCUGGAAAUUGAUUUUUUUUAUACUUGAAGGAGCACAGCUCAAAGGGUUUUUAUUUGAAGAAAAAAGUAAUGUAGCAUAAGUUUUUUUUUCCAAGUUUUAAUAAUGUAAUCUUUUAUUUCAAGGGAUACAUGUUACAGUCAUGUUAAACGGGCUGUGCUAAUGAGUAGGAUGCUGACGGUGGGGUGGGGAGAACUGUUCUGAAAUGAUGCUGAUUCAGAAUAACCAGACAGAAGAAGUGUGUGUAAAUUAGAUUGAGGUAAGGUGUGUUUGCCUGGUUAAUGGCCGAUGGAAAUACUUGUGGCAUUGUCCACUUCUCUUUGUUAGUAUCUAUUGUUCGGGGAAACCACAUUAGGUGCCUCUAAAUAAAACAUACAGCAGCCCAUUGCUGUUGGGAAUCCAUCUUCUCCUGUCACACCUGUCUCCCUGCCAAUAGUGAGAGCACAGCUUCAGCAGUGCUAGCUCCAGCCAGUAUGGUUAAAACUCUUGAGCAACAGUAUUAAUAUUCAACUUAGAAGAUUACACAAAACAUGCUUUGAAUCAUUUCACGUAAACUAGAUCUUGAUCAGGUAGUAGACAUUUUCCCAUACGUGGCAAUGAUUACUUUCCAUGGAAAAGUUCAGGAUGUGUCUUUGCUGGGAACUAUGAUGUAGUUGAUCAGAUCCUGUGACCUAUUGGUGCUAUGGGACAUUAAGCAUUAAAUGACUUUCCCGAUUGUGCCUGCCAGCGCACAGUCUGCUUAUUUCUUCAUCCAGAGUCGACAUCCAUGACAUCUUCCUGCAUUGCCUUUGGACAUGCAUCAGAGUCAGAGGUCUCUCAGACACGUGUGUUAUUCCUGAGACCAUGUGUUUGCUUAGGGGCAGGUUCCCUUCUCUUGAGUUCACCUCGCCCUUUGUGAUUGGACCAUCUCCAGGACAGUGUUUGGUUUCAGAGUGACUGUUUUGAAGCCAGUGGAGUGAUCUCGCUCUCUAACUGAGAUUGUGAUAUCCAUGAUGAAAGGAGCAGAGUCCGGGUCAAACAUGGUCCUCGUGGACCAGUGGUACCUAGCUAGAAAGUGAUUGAAUGCAAAUAGUUGUCUCUGUUUGAGUGAUAACUAUCCUCUCAACCACAUCCUUUUGUCCCUUAGAAAGAAAAGGACAUCUUACUUCAAAACAUUCUAAAGCUUUAUAAUCAACUUGCUAUCUCUGUAUUGCUGCCUGAGGUUUUUUAAAUAUUGUAUUGUAGUUCCUACAUUUUAAGUCAGUGCUACACAUUUGGUGUAAUCUUCAGUAAAUACAGUUUUUGUUGAUCUUUCUUAUGUGGUUGUCAAUUUUCUUUUUUUUUUACUCUUAAUCCUCCUUUUAAUUGUCACUGGCUUUAUAAAAUAUCACGCUCAUAAUCUCCAGUGUCCCUGUUUGAUGCAAUACUGAGCCAGUUCGAGCCAUCGGAUGCCUGCCAGUUAUUCAAUUCUAUAUCUGUGUAAACUAUUUUAAUUUAAAUGUAACUUUCAG